AAAUGCCAAUCAGGUCAGAUUAUAUGGAAAGGCUGUAACCAAUGCAUUUGUCAAGAAGAUGGACAAUUAGACUGUACUGCAUCAGUUUGCUAUGAAGAAACAACAACCGUUAUUGCUCCUUUGAUUCUACGUGAAAAGUUAUCAACAAUGAGCCCUUGGUGUACUCCUUUAAAAUCAUAUUACGUGAACUGUAGUAUAUGCGUUUGUCCAACGUCAGGUUGGACUUCUGAAGCCACUUGUACUCUAGACACAUCUUGUCUGGAAGAAUUGCCAUCCGAUUUUAUCACCAACAAAAACGUAUGCAUACCAAAUGUAAUGUACUUAUUUCCUUGUCUGCGUUGUUUAUGUUCGGAUAGCGGAUAUUUUAUACUUGACAAGUGCAUAGAAACUUGUAAUAUUACGUUGAAUACAGAAUCACCCAGAAGGUGUACGUCGAAAACUUUUUACAGAAAGAACUGCAAUGUCUGUUGGUGCCCUGAAGACAGUAUACCUGAUGAGAAAUAUUGUACUAACGUUGUUUGCAAUAAAAAUCCAAAAUUCAAAUAUCUAGAAAAUUUUAGAAGAGGAUCAUUAAAAUGUGUACCUGGCACAUUCACAAAAGCAAAAUGUUACUACUGUGACUGUAACACUAAAGGGUAUGUGAAUGAAAAUGCUUGUCUUGAGUUAGAUUGUUUGAAAAGCAGUGAAUUCAAAUAUGAUACGAGUAUAACAAAAAAGACAUGUAGUCCCGGAGAAAUGGUACCAAUUUGUAUCGAAUGCUUUUGUUUAGAUAAUGGGCAAACAAAUAGUAUCUAUUGUACAAGAGAAUGUUCGUAUAUAAGUAAACUCAACGUUUUACAAAAGGUUUUAAAAGAUAGUCUUCAAAAUAGAAAUCUGAUAGACGUAGAAGCUAUUAGUAAGACAACUGCAAAUGAGUUUUGUAAACCAAACACAGUGUACAUAGAUCAGGGUAGAUAUUGCUUAUGUCCAGAAAAUGAUAGUACUAGUUUUAAACUUUGCUCUUCCGUAACUGAACAUGAGAUAUAUACAACAAGAUCAUAUAUAAAAAUUACCGAUGAUAUCACUAAUGAAGUAUUUAAUAAAACUUGUAAACCUAAUACAUUUGUUGAAAUUAAUUGUAAUACUUGCUAUUGUUCAAAAGACGGAACGGUUGAUGUCAAAUGGUGUACUUACGAUGAUUGCGAAGCAAAAAGAAUAGUUCAACAGAAGAUUAAACAAUAUUUACCGAUAAUAACAAUUCCAGAAUUCAGUGACACAUGCACACCAGGAUCAAUAUCUAAAGUGGAUUGCAACUUUUGUAUAUGUCCUGAUUCAGGUGUUUUUAAAGAACGAGUCUGUACAAAAAAUGCUUGCGAUGAUUUGGAGCAAUCAGUAAACAAUGACGCCUUAACAUGCGAACCUUUGGAAUACUAUAUCGUAGAUUGUAACACAUGUUUCUGCCCCCGGGAUGGUUUUAAGAAUGUGGCGCGUUGCACUAAGAAUGUGUGUGAAAAGAAUUUCUUAAGAUCCGAUAGUUGUGUUCCUGGUCAAUUAUUCAGCGAAGAUUGUAAUGUGUGUGUGUGUCCGCCUAAUAGCAACAAAGCGGAUAGAGCAUGUACUAAUCAUAUAUGCACCGAUUUAGACACGCCUUGGAAAAGAAUAUUUAUGCUUUCACAAAGUUUGUCUAAUCGGCAUUCUCUAGACGACAGUACAAGGAAAUUGGAUAUAUGUUUUCCCGGUGAAGAAUUUGAGGUCGAUUGCAAAGUGUGCAUUUGUCCAGAUAUGGGGUUAAGAGCUUAUGCUUCCUGUACUCAAAUUUUAUGUGACGAUGAAAUUAUUCACAAAAAUUAUGUAAGUUAAACUAAAAUCUUUGCACAAAAAUGCAAAUGA